GUAGGUUAGCUUUGUGAUCAUAUAAAAACCCCUCUCAAGGCUUCCUAGUUAGUAUCAAAACAAAAUGGCAAUUAGUUUAGUAGGAGGGGGAGACAAAUACAGAGACUACUUGAGUGAAGAAGAGGUUAAGAACACCAAAUGGAGAAAUGGCCCUCCUACCUAUGAUGUUGUCGAUAAGCUCUUUGAACAAGAAAGAACUCAUGUAUGGCCUGAAGGAUCAGUUGAAGAGAAAGUGCAGAGGCUGUUGAAGACUUGGGAAAUGGAAAUAGUCCACAAGGCAGAUCCUAAUGACUUCAAAACUGUUGAUCCAACUAAGUUCAACAUUUGUGUCAAUGGCAGGAAAGGGUUGACACCGGUAGAAUCUGCAAAGCUCGGUGGUAGCUAUAACAUAUUCCUCCAAACAUCAUUGCCACAGAAUCUUCGACUCUACAAUCCUGAUGAGGAAACAUUUGAAUCAUCACAGAAAGUUUUCAGAUCCAUAUUUUUACGAGGAUUCGCGAUUGAAAUCCUUCAUGUUUAUUCAGGACCACCAGAAAUAGUGUACAAGUUUAGGCAUUGGGGUUACAUGGAAGGUCCAUUUAAAGGACAUGCUGCUACUGGAGGACUUGUAGAGCUCUUUGGGAUUGGCAUUUUUGAAUUGGAGAAAGAGAGUAACAAGAUUGUUAAGGCAGAGAUGUUCUUUGAUAGAGGAGAAUUGCUUGGAGGCCUUGUGAAAGGAGAAAGCAAUGGUGAAUUGGCAUUGGCUGCUUCAAAAUGUCCUUUGAUGAAAUAAGAUGCAAAACCAGCAACUGCUGCUUAUUUUUUGGAAACAUCAUUUUGAAGCGUCCGGACAAACGAAAGGGUCAUUCUCUACUCACAGAAAUUUAACAUUCACACAAUCACAAAUCAACAACUAGGAAUAUAGCAAGCAGACAAUGGAGAAACAACUUUAAUUUGAGGCAUUCAAGAGAUACAACACUAGCAAUACAAUAGGUAGUAAAAGGGAAAUAUAACUAGUUAUAUGGUACAAAGCUACAAUUAUAGUAGCAUAUAGCCCAAAGAUAUAUAGAAAAUACAUUAACAAAUAUGGAAGCAACAAUGUGAAGUGUACACCAAAGCAUUUUACAUUACGUGAUGAUUAAUAUAAGAUUCUGAAAGGCCAGGAGAAGAUACAGGAGAUUAGUGUUUCAGAUUCCCAAGAUAAGAUUUCUUGCUACAUAUUACCAGAACCUACACUCUAGAAAAGCUUGUUUUGAUUAUUAUACAGCACAAUCCGAGCAUCAACUUUUGAUAGUUCAGUUUCUCUUUAUAAGCUAAAUAAAACAUCUAGUCUUUUUCGAUAUCUCCUACCUAAAGGGAAGAAAGGCCCCACCCCAAAGGGGAGGGGUAAUGUAGAUAGCCUACGCUGACGCGAACAUCAGAUUCCACGGCUAAAAUGCGUGACCACAAAGAUUGAUCCUUGCCUGUUUCAGUUUUAGUUACAUAUGGAAGCACAGUAGUAAUAGUACCGGGAUUGUUCGAAAUGAUGUUGUAUGUUGACUUUGAUGAAGAGAAAGCAAUAGCUAAUAGAGGUGUGUUACCUUGACUCUUACCUGCUAUGUUAUGUCCAGGGGCGAAUCUAGGCCUAAGGGUAUGGGUUCACGCGAACCCAUACUCCUCUCCCUAAACGAUGUAUAAUUAUGUUAUAUUUUUUCAAAAUUACUUAAAUAUAUGUGAGUGCACCCA